AUGUUUCAGUCAUCGAAACCCUACUCGGCGGUGACCGUACAGAUCGAGGUUCUCACAAGCGAACAAUAUGAAGUGGAAGACUCGAGCGGUAUCGUCGAUCUGAUCGAUGUCGUUCGUAUCCAAGCUAGCGGUCCGACAGAAGCCAGUCGGGCUCUGCGCAAGAAGCUAAAAUAUGGCAACCUUCAUCGACAGCUUCGAGCCCUUACAAUCCUUGAUUUUCUCAUCCAGAAUGCAGGUGAUCGGUUCCUGCGCGAUUUUGCCGACGAACCGCUGCUCGAACGACUACGUAUCGCAGGAACAGACCCCGUCUCAGAUCCACUAGUUAAACAAAAGUGCAAGGUACUCUUUGGGCAAUGGGCUGCGACAUACAAGAAUACUCCAGGCAUGGCCAAGAUCACAGCACUAUACCAACAGCUUCCGAAACGCAAGCAGCCUGCCGUCCAGGCCAGGAGCAAGGUCUUACGCGAGGGUGCCAAUAGCAAUGAGCCUCCGAUGGGACACACCGUCUCGAUCUCAGCUGGCAAUGGACCCGCCAAGACCUUGAGCAGCCCCAAGCAGAAACCCAGCAAACCCAAGAAGGACAAGACCGAGAAGAAAUUGUCGAUCAACAGCCGCAGCUUUAACCUGGAACGGGAGCGCCCACAGAUUUUAGAGACGUUUGCAUCCGCGUCCGUUGCAAGUACGAAUCUGUUGAAUGCAUUGAAACUUGUCAAUCGUGAGACAACUCGUAUCAGCGAAGAUGCAGAGUGCAUCAAUCGAUUCGAGACGUGCAAGAAGCUUCGACACCAAAUUCUUCGGUACAUCCAGCAUAUUGAAAGCGAGGAGUUCUUGGGCGGAUUGAUUCAUGCGAAUGAGGAGCUAGUCACAGCUCUCAUGGCAUUCGAGGUGUUAGAUAAGAGCUACGACUAUGACAGUGAUAGUGACGACGACGUCUUCUCCGGCAACUGGCGGUCCAAGGCCGAAAUGGAGGAAGAAAUGAGCCAAAAUUUCAACGGGCUGAGUAUCAAUCCUGCGAAGCCGCCACGGCCAGCUCGACCUGUCAGCCUUUCUCUUGCCUCUGCAUCGCAGGGCACGCGACGGAUUCUGGAUAGCGAGAGUGAGUCGGAGUCGGAAGAAGAAGAUGAUGAUGAUGACAACCCAUUCGGAGACCGAAAUGCCAUCAAGACCCCUGCAAUUGGGAAGAACGGCUAUACUUGGUAUGUAUUGCCAAUGGCCAUUUGUUAA